AAUACUGGAAAAGUUGUUGGAAGUGAAGCUGGAAAUUUCCAAUAUUUGUUGGGUGUGGUGGUUGUUUUUUGUGAUUUUCCCUGAAUUUUCCUGCAAAAGAAGCGCCCCAGAGUAAUGAAUUUCGCAGUGGUGGUAUUUGUGGUGCUGCCCAUGGUGUGCGUGGCGCAGAGAACCCCCUCAAUUUCGUAUAUAACACAGGAACAGAUAAAAGACAUUGGGGGCACUGUGGAGCUCCAAUGUUCCGUGCAGUACGCCAAGGAAUACGCGGUGGUGUGGACAAAAACAGGUCGGGAUAGGAGUGACAGUGUCUUCCUGUCCACGGGCAGUUCGCUCGUGAUCAAGGACUCACGCUUUGCCAUUCGUCACGACAUCUCCUCAUCCACGUACACGCUGCAAAUUAAGGAUAUCCAGGAAACGGAUGCUGGCAUCUACCAGUGCCAGGUAAUCCUCUCUGUGGUGAAUAAGAUUACGGCUGAUGUGGAGCUUCAGGUGCGACGCCCUCCCGUGAUCUCUGACAAUUCCACGCAGUCAAUUGUGGCGUCAGAGGGGAAGGCUGUGCAAAUGGAAUGCUAUGCCGCUGGAUAUCCACGACCCACAAUCACCUGGCGCCGUGAGAAUAAUGCCAUCCUGCCCACAGGCGGCAGCACGUACACGGGGAAUGUUCUGAAGAUAAAUUCCGUGCGUAAGGAGGAUCGUGGGACGUACUACUGCGUGGCAGACAAUCAGGUCAGCAAGGGCGAUAGGCGCAACAUUAAUUUGGAAGUGGAAUUUGCACCCGUGAUCACCGUUCCACGACCCCGUCUGGGGCAGGCGUUGCAGUACGACAUGGAUCUCGAGUGCCACAUCGAAGCAUACCCCCCACCGGCCAUUGUGUGGGUCAAGGAUGAGGUGCAUCUGUCGAAUAAUCAGCACUACAGUAUCUCGCAUUUUGCCACUGCGGAUGAAUUCACAGAUUCCACGUUGAGGGUGAUUACAAUUGAGAAGCGUCAGUAUGGGGAUUUCGUGUGCAAGGCCAUCAACAAGCUGGGGCAGGCUGAGGCGAAGGUGCACCUCUUUGAGACAGUCAUUCCCGUGUGUCCACCAGCUUGUGGGCAGGCACACUACGGCGAGGCAUCAUCUGUGCCCAUUUCCAGCGUAAUUAUCUUCCUCGGAGCUAUUGCAGUGCUCUUUAGCUAAAUCAAAUGACGCUCUCAGUGUGGGAGGGGGUGUUGAGGAAUUUAUCCUCCUUGAGGAAGAGGAAACUUUUUUUUUGUUUCCUCUCUGAAAAUAUUUGAACAUUUUUUUGUAACAUCAUUCCAGCAGCAGUGAAAAAAUUCACAAAAAAAAGUCAAAAACUAACAACACAUCAUAUUGACAAGGGUCCUCUGGCCAGGAAUUCCGUCCAACAGAGUAUUAAGGUUUUAUUACCGAAUGAUUUCCUUUUAAAAUUCUUUUUUUUUUGCCAGAGGAUCCCCUCGAAAACCAAUCCGCAUUCCAUUGGUACAAAGUUUGACACAACUUUUUUUUUUUUUACAUUAAUAGCUCUUAAGUCCAGUACAGUACGUCCUUAAGAUAAAGACACUUUUGUAGUUAUUUCUUAACAAAUUUGACUCUUAGAAUUUAAUCGAAUCAAAAUGAUAUUCAUUUAAAGCAAUUUCCGGGUAUUUCUUCCACAUAAAAAUACCCAGAAAAAUUGUAAAGAAUCUCCGCAUUUUUGAGAAUAUCAUUGACAAGUUUUAUUUGGGAAAAAAUGUAAAUUUAUGCAUGAUUUUUUGCAAAGUGAAGUGCCUAAAAAGAAGUUUUAUGGAAAAGUUCCGUCCAUUUUGGGAAGUAAUCAACGAAAAAAGUCUGCAAAAAUGGCUCUAUUAAUUUUUUUGUAAUGUAGCGAGAAUCAAAAUAAAGUUCUAGGAUAGAAAAA